UUUGGGGCCUUUUGUUUCCCCUUGUCUCCCCCACCUUCAACAACAAAAAGCAUUUGAGUUUUGACUUUUUGACUUGCAUCUCAUUUCCCUUCCGCCAUUAGGAAGGAGCAUUUAACAAUUUUACAGUUUGCUGCUGCUGCGGCCGCCGCCGCCGCUUCCAUUUUCUCAGAGUAGGAAAUGUGAACUCUUUAUUGCAGCUAUCUAGCCCAAUCCAACUUUGAUCUUCAACCAACAACAACUGGAGGACAUCCAGGUCUGGUAGCUUCACCUUUUGAGACCCAUUUAUUUUAUUUUUGCAUUCCUGAGGCUCAGAAAGAAAGUAAGCAGCCGUCUUUCUAGCUAGACCAAGAAGGAAGAAGCAGAAGCCUAGCUAAGAAGAAGAAGAAGAAGAAGAAGAAGAAACCCAUUUGGAUUCUGCAGAGAGAGGGGAGAGAGAGAGAGAUGGGCUUCAUAUAGACUAGGCCCCCCCUCAUUAUAGCGGCUCCUCGAUCAGACCUUAGAUCAGAUGGGUGCCCUGCCUCUCACAGUCAUAUGCCUGAUUCUGCUUCAAAGGUGCAGCAGCAGCAGGGCUGCCGCCAACCCACAAGCCGAAUGGAAAUCUGCCACCGCAACAUUAGCAACCGAUGGUUCAAUCAUCACAGAAGGCGCAUGUGGGUACGGGGACCUUCACAGAAGCAGCGGCGGCAGCAGCUACGGCGAAUACACCGCCGCACUGAGCAGCAUAUUGUUCAACAGAGGGAGUAGCUGUGGCGGCUGCUUCGAGGUGCGCUGCGUCGACCACAUCCUCUGGUGCCUUCCCGGUUCCCCUUCCGUCACUCUCACCGCCACAGAUUUCUGCCCCCCUAACUACGGCCUCCCCGCCGAUUACGGCGGCUGGUGCAACUUCCCUCGCGCCCACUUUGACAUGUCCCAGCCCGCCUUCUCCCGCAUCGCACGCACCACCGCCGAUGUUGUCCCGGUACAGUACAGGAGGGUCAAGUGCGAGAGAAGCGGGGGAGUGCGGUUCACGGUGUACGGCACCUCCUUCUUCUGCCAAGUGCUGGUCACCAACGUGGGCUCCGACGGCGAAGUGGUUGCUCUAAAAGUGAAGGGCUCCAAGACGGGUUGGAUCCCCAUGGCCAGGAACUGGGGCCAGAAUUGGCACUCCAAUCUCAACCUCGUCGGCCAACCUCUGUCCUUCGAGGUCACCACCAGAUCCGCAACCACCCUCACCUCCUAUGCCGUUGCCCCCCCCAACUGGAGAUUCGGCCAGACCUUUCAGGGAAAGCAGUUCUAGCCAUCGCCAAGACCCCCAUUCACCUUUUUCCGGCAUUCACGGCAUCCAUCCGAUGAGGUUCUUCCAGGUCAAAAGUAGAGACGAUGAGGAAAGUUGAAAACAUUACUCUAGCGUGGUGUGUGUAGGUCCCAAGAUGUUGGCUUUCUUGCUGUAUUUCAAGAAGAAGAUGCACAUGGUGAUGGAACGUGCAAUCAUUUGAGGGGCUGGUGUUUAUUUUUGCCCCGUGUUUCUAAUUCUGUCUGGCUUGUCUUCCCUUUUGAACCUUGGAACAUUGUUAAUUACGUUAACCAUUAUCCUCUGUUGAAGAUGCACAUGGUU